GAUCCUGAGAAUUUCAAGGUUGCUGCCGUCCGCAAGCCCCCGGUUGGAUUUGUCUAUCACGCCCUUUCCGACCAAUCGACCUGGUGGAACUACGAUCUCAACGCCAUCAUCACUCAGUCAGUUGAGAUGAUCCACCAAGCCGCGGCUGAGGGCACCAAGUUCAUCGCCUUCCCGGAGCUCUACUUCCCUGGCUACCCUGCCUUCCGCACUCCCAACGGCCCCAAAGACUUUGAGCAGUAUGUGUCGCAGACCAUGGAGCCCGACGGCCCGGAAUGGAACACGCUCAUGCAGGCCUUUGCCGACACCAAGAUGUACGAGGUGGUGGGUUGGGCCCAGAGGGCCAAUGCAUCGCUGUUCAUGACCCAGAGUCUAGUUGGUCCCUUCGCCAACGGCUCGGCCGGAACGAUCUGGAAGCAUGAGAAGUUCCGGCCCUCGGGCACAGAGCGCUCCCUCUAUUCCGAUGGACUCCUCAACACGAUCCGCGCGCAAAAGCUCCCCUUCGGGACCGUCUCCAUGCUCCAAUGCUGGGAGCACGUGUAUCCCGAGUCGCACUUCAUCGGAUCUGCCCAGCCCGCCAACCUUCACGUUGCCUCCUUCCCAUUCGGCAACGAUGUCCCCGAAACCGACGGCGGAGACACCCCCUACGCGUACUGGCGUGCCGCAGCGAUCGGAUACCAAGCCGGCGCGGCCGGUUCGCCCGCCAUGAUUCUGCCCACCGCAGGGGCCGCAACCAUUUUCGGCCAUGAGGGCUCUCCCCUCAACGAGUCGCUGUCCAACGCGAAGGAGUCGACCGACGCCAUGCCCUACAUCACCGCCGUCUACAACACGACCGCGCUGUGGAAGGAUGUCGCGUACAGCGUCAACGACUGGUACAGCUACGGCGCCCUCAAGCACAUCAUCGAGGGUCUGCCCGACGGAAUGCCGCGU